AUGGCAGGACCAACUUGUGGGAAAGAGGAGCCAAAAUGCCGGAGAAGAGAAAUGUCAGAGGAUUCAAGGGGACUAGAGAAGGGAAGAGCCAGAGCGGAGGUCAUUCCUUUGGAAGCCAGAGCGGAGGUCAUUCCUCUGGAAGCCCGCGGGGAAGCGAUUCCUCUGACCGCCAGCGGGGAAGCGAUUUCUCUGACCGCUAGCGCAGAGAAGUCGGCAUCGCCAGCGAGAUCAUCCGAGCAGCGGAAUCAUCCGACCAGAGGGAUCAUCCGAGCAGCGGAAUCCUCCGAGCAGCGAGAUCAUCCGAGCAGAAGAAUUUUCCGAAGCACUCCAGGGGUCGAAAGCGCUGUCACCUCUCGUGAAAGAGGUAUGUGCCAGAAGCAAGGGAUUUUGGAGGAUGAGUAUAUUGAGAAGAAAAUAGAAGGGAACUUGAAAUCACAUGGACCGAAAGGCACUACAUUACUUGAAAGUGCACUUGAAAAAGAAGAGCACAGAGGGCGUUUGAGGGGGAUUGGAGGACAGGUUAGUAAAACGAUGUACUUCAAGAUUCCUAGAGGAAAGAGAUGCAACAUCAAUGUUUGUAGUCAACAAGAGUUGAACGAAGAAAAAAAGAAAAAUGCUGAACGAGACGCUCGCAUAGCAAAAUUAGAAGCAUAUGUUUACAAGACAGGCGUGGAUGAUAUUGAUAUCGACGAAAAGGGCAGUUGCUCGGUACAGAAUGAAAAUCAAACACUAAAGCCUGUGUUUAAUGACAUAGUCGAGGACAAUGACAUUGAUGUGAAAUUGCUCGACGAUGAUGACAUAUACUUGGGUAAAUUUGUAGAACUAAGUGUCGAAUCGGGCAAAAAUGUUGGCACCGGCACAGUUGUGAAAGUCUACGGACCUAAUGAUAAAUUAUAUAAACGAUGCAUGCGUGUAGUCAUUGAUGAAGCAAUCCAUGAAGAUGCUCGUUUGCCUUAUCCAACAGAAGACUACGAAAGCAUAGGUGAUGCAGUGGGAUCACAUGUUGAAUGGCCUAUACGUCUUUUCAAGUUGAGAUAUGAGAAACCGAAAAAAGAAAAAGCACAAGAAAACAACCAGGAAACGAUAGAUAUUACACCUCUUCCAAAGUCUUUGCGCAUGUUGUAUAUUUACGGCAAGCGUUCGGGCAACAACCAUAUAACUAUUGAACUUGAUGAUAAUGUCUUCGGAGUUAAGCACAACUUAUAUGUAGACAUGGAAGACAUCGUGCCUUUCUGCGAGUUGAAGCCAAUAUCUUAUAUGUGUAUUGCUACCUAUGUAUGGUAA